UCCUCCUCCCUCUCUCCAGGCCUCGGAGCUGAAGCCCGAAACAGUGCGGGACGGGGGUGGUGCGGGAGAGGAGGCGAUGCGACUCCCGGGCAUGGCAACCCGGGACGCGGCGCCUGCUCAGGCUCAGAGCUCGGACCUGGCACCCUGGGCUCAUUUGGAGGCUUCCGCCCGCCUCCUGCUGCAGGCGCUGCAGGCGGGGCCAGACGGGGCGCGGCGCGGCCUGGGGAUGCUGCGGAUGCUGGGCAGGCGCGGCGGGGAGCCCUUCGCCUGGGGCUCCGUCCUGGAGUCGCUGUGCCGGGAGGAGGCCGUUACGGAGGGCCCGGACUGUCGGCUGCAGUUGAAACCACUGCUGCUGCGAUUGCCCAUGUUAUGCCAGCGGAACCUGAUGUCCCUGUUGAUGGCUGUUAGGCCAUCGCUCCCUGAAAACAGGCUGCUCCCUCUGCUGCAGAUCGUACGGCAGGACCCAAGCCCUGACCCUGAUGCCUGGCUCCAGGCCCUAGGGAAAUUGCUGCAAAGGGACCUGGGUGUUGGGGUCUCCACUGAGGGAGCGUCCCCACUGUCUGAAAGGUGCCGGAGACAGCUCCGAGACCUGUGUAGGCAGCUGGGCCCAGGGGGCAGGAGGUUGAAUUUGGCCCAGUCUCCAGACCGCGAAGUAGAAAAUGAGGAGGACAAGGACUCUCAGCAGCCUAGGAAACGAAGAAAGGAGCCAGAGGAAGAGCCCACCAGUCAUGAGAGGGAGCGGGCCCCUAAAAGAUUCCGGUGUUUGGAAACGGAAGAAGAGGAAAGCUUUGAGGAGGAGAGAGCUGAACGUCAGUCUUUGGAAACUGUGGCAGAUGGAGGAGUCACAUCACCCAUUAAGAACCAGCCUGUUUUGGGGACUGAGCCCACUGAGGCUGGUCAGAGUCUGGAGGUUGCUAAGGGAUCAGCUGAGAGUUUGGAGUUGCCCAAAACUAUCCAGGACCAGGUUCCCAGGCUACAGAAGCUGCUCAAGACCUUCGGGGAGGGGUUGGAGGGGUUGGAGGAUGCCCCCCCAGUUGAACUGCGGCUUCUCCAUGAAUGCAGUCCCAGCCAAAUGGACCUGCUCUGUGCCCAGCUGCAGUUCCACCAGCUCUCGGACACAGGCCUUCUGCAGCUCUGUACCUGGUUGCUGUCCCUUUCACCAGAUCUUAGCCUCAGCAAUGCUACUGUUCUGGCCAGGAGCCUCUUUCUUGGACGGAUCCUCUCCCUGACUUCCUCGGCCUCCCGCCUGCUCACAACUUCCCUGACUUCCUUCUGUGCCAAGUAUACCCACCCCAUCUGCAGAGCCCUCCUAGGCCCCGUGCUCCGGGCCCCAGAAACAGGUCCAGCUCAAACAGAGUUAUUGUGUUGCCUUACAAAGGACGAGGCUCUGGAGACAGACAGGCAGGUUCUAAUCCUGGGACACAUCUUGGAGUUGCCCUGGAAGGAGCAGACUUUCUUGGUGUUGCAGUCACUCCUGGAGCGGCAGGUGGAGAUGACCCCUGAGAAGUUCGAUGUGUUGAUGGAGAGGCUCUGUAAAGAGGGGCUGGCAGCCACCGCAUCCAUGGCCUAUGCCAAGCUCCUGCUGACAGUGAUGACCAAGUAUCAGGCCAGUAUCACUGAGACCCAGAGGCUGGGCCUGGCCAUGCCUCUGUCACUGAACACCACUUUUCUGAGGAAGCCCUUGCAGGCUGCCCUGAGACAUCUGGCCCCCUGACCUUCCACCAAGGGACCACUCUCCUAGAGCACUCUCACCAGCUUCCCGAAGGAUACUUCUUUCCUCAGCCCCUCUCCCUGACCCCUCGCCUGGGGGUAAAGGCUGAGCCUUGCCACCCCAGGCAUCAACUGUCUCCUGUUCCAGGCUGCAGAGAUGCCAUCUUGACUUCCCAAGCAGCAGCAGGGUACCAGGCUAAGAGGGCUGGAUUUCCAAGGGCUGCUGACCCUGGUUCACUCCUUGUCACUUCUACCUCAGGCUGUGGCAAUAAAAACUCUCCUGUAAGCCCCAAUAGGGUCACAGCAGGCCCAGAAUAGACAAAUGAUGCUCUGGGGGACCUGUGUGCUCAGCACAAAUCUCUUGUGUUCCAGUGUGUGUUAUGAUCCUUUGUACUGUUCAGACUUGAAUAAUAAUUUAUCAAUGGCAUUUAAUAAAA